CGGGCCGAGGGCAGCGGAGCCAUGGCGGGCCCGCUGUGCCAGGGCUGGGGCCUGGGGGUGGCCCUGCGGAGCCGCGCCGCGCUCCGGCCGCUCGGGCUGCUGGCACCGCCGGCACGGGGGGUGCUGGGGCCGGCAGCGGGAUCGGGAACGGCUGCGGGAUCGGGAGAGGCGGCGCUGGAGGAGAACCCUUUCUACGGGAAGUACCGGCACAAGAUCCAGGAGCUGCGGAGGUCCAAUCCAGAUGUGUUUGAAUCCCGUAUGGAAAAAAGAAGUGAAAUGAAAAAGCAGCCCGUGGGACAUUCCAAACAAGGAGAGUUUAUCAGAUGCAUGGAGGAAAAGGCAGAAGGCUUGGGCAGCAAGACAUCAAAGGGAGGAUUCACAAAGGAUAAGACACUUGAUUCAAUUCUUAAUGUUGAGAUGGUGAAAGAAAAAUCAGCAGAGGAGAUAACACAGAUUUGGAAUCAGUAUUUUUCUGCAAAAGACACAGUUUAUGCUGUUAUUCCUGCAGACAAGUUUGAUUUGAUGUGGAAGAGAGCCCAGAAGUGUCCAUCGUUUCUAUAUGCUUUGCCAAGAAAAGAAGGCUAUGAGUUCUUUGUGGGGCAGUGGUCUGGAACAGAAUUACACUUCACUUCCCUGAUAAAUGUUCAGACCCAAGGUGAAACUGCUCCAAGCCUGUUGGUCUUGUACCAUUAUCCUGAUCUGCAGAAGGAGAAAGGGAUAGUACUAAUGACAGCAGAAAUGGACUCCAAGUUCUUGGUGGUCCAUGAUGCCCAGUGCUUGGCCAGCCAGGUGCAGCUGUUCUACGCCACGGAUCGCUCCGAGACCUACGGGUUAGUGGAGACCUUCAACCACAGAUCCAGUGAAUUCAAAUACAUGGCAGUUAUAGCAGAGCUUGAGCAAAGUGGGCUUGGAAGAGAACUGACACCUGGGCAAGCUUCUGACAAGUCAUAGAGUCUGGCCUGUGGUGAAAGGAGCCAGCAUAAGCAGGGGGUCCUAGGAGGGGUGGUCCAGUGUCUUCUGUUUUACAGCUUGGAUUUGGCCCCAGAAGGAGUCUGCAGAUAUCCUGGGAGAGUGACGGUCAAGCCUGUCUGGCGCCGAUGCAAGAUGAGGACUUGGGCCAUUUGAACACAGUAACUAAUUGCUAAAAAAUGGAGUCCAGUACUUCAGUGCAACUUCAUCAGAAAGAGCCAUUUUCCCAGUCUUGUAACUUCCUGCUGCCUGCUGGAUUGUGGAAAUCUGAAAUAAAGUGACAAAAGGGGAGCUAUGUAACGGCUGUACUGGCAUCAGGAAGGAGAUGACAACCAGUGUUUCUUCUCAGUAAACGCAUUUUAAAUGCCCCCCACCAUUAUAAUUGCAUGGUUCAGUGCUUUUUAAUCUGUGUGGGAUUCAUACAGGCUUGUCCAUCAAGAAAAAAGAAUAGGAGCAAUGGUCUAAGACAGACACCUCUUUGUUUCUUUGUGAAGUUUCUUACACAGAUGUAUAUUGUGGUCUGAGCUUUUCUCAGGAUUAAAAAACCAGAGUCACUAGA